AUGGGAGACGCUAUCGAACUGAAUCUUUCCCCUUCGUGCUACAAUUGCCUAAGUUGGUCUAGCGACGGCGAGCUUGCAGUAGCAGCCGGCGACUCCAUUCAUCUACAACUCCCUCAAUGGAAACCAAAAUAUGUCCACCCCCUUUUUGAAAAAGAGAAAUCCAUGCCAUGGACAUCAGCCAAGGUCCGGGCCAAUGUUUUCACCAAUAAAGAGUGGAAAACCGAGUGGCCGUCUGACAGGGAUUCCUUCUCGAUCGGAGCAGAGCAAUCACUAAGUACCGUGGCUGCGCUGGCGUGGUCUCACCAAGGUCUUGGAUUGCAUCGGCGAUGUGUGCUUGCUGUGCUAACAUCCAACCUCGUGUUAUCAUUAUAUGAAGCAGACGGGCAGAGGAGAACCUGGUCCCGCGCUGCUAUUGUCAACAAAGCUCUUGAAAAAUAUUUCCGAGCGAAAGUAGAGCGCUCCAGGGACAGCCCAGGAGAGUUUCUGCGCAAGACCAGGAUUCGCUCUUUCACUUGGUGCCCCCCGUUGAAAAACAUCCAACAUGACCGUGCAGAUGUGCGAUGGGGUGAGCAUAUACUUACAGUUGCGACAGAUGACAAUGAUGUCGUUCUGAUACGUGUAAGACGCAACAACUCAUCUUCAGGGCCCACUACUAGCCAGUACUCUAUGGACGUGAUUGCCCGCUUCACACUAAACAAUGCCGCUAGGAACUACAGCAUGCUCCCCAAGGGGUCACUGUGGGCAGGUGCUCUAGAGUCGAAAUCUAGAAUAUUACAUAUUGCAUGUGGUCCAUGGAGCAGAAUGGCCGAAGAGAAUAGUGGCGGAGAGUCGAGGGUGACUUUUGGGGCUCUGAUUGCACUUGCGCUUGGCUCUAAUUUGCAUUUCAUUCAUGCACAGGCCAGUCUGAUUUCUGGAGACGAUCUGACAGUGUCAAUUGAAGGACAGCUCUCCUACUACCCAAAUAUCCCACAUUCCGAGCCUAAGACGCUAGAAGAUAUCAACUUCACCGGUCCGCUGAGUUGGAUCCCUAUAGAUGCUUCGAGGCUAUCACUAACCGUAGGCUCUCUCGGCGGGCGAGUCACACUUCGUUUCGAAAACAAUGCGUAUGACAAGUUACUUACACGGACAGAUCACGAAAGAGCCAAUAUCGCCUUCCAUCAGCGAUCAUUUGAAGAGAGUAAAGGCUAUAAAAGCAUUGGGGCUAUGUACUCCCAACACAAUGAGCCUAUAACAGGAAUUGUAGCUCCGCAGUCAUUAGUGAAUGCUAAUGAUAAUCGCUCGAUGUAUCUAACGACUCUUGGCCUCUUUUUGGAAGCAGUUCCUCUCUCUACGAUUGGAACUCCCUUGGAAGAGACUCUCUCAAGAGUCUACGCUCCAUGGACGACCCAUAUGGAGCGCUACCGACAAAAAUACGACAUUCAAUACGAACUAGGCGACAUGGCUAUUGUGCGCACAUGGGGUCUCAGCACAUUCGAUGGCUGGACAGCCGUCGCUUUCACAAUGCAUCCCGGCGACGUCCUUGAAUACACGACCAGGGCCGAAGAGAACACCAUUAUAAUCUUCACGCACCCAGAUCCCAACGCGGUAUUUCCCAAACCCGCAGAAAUAUCCGACGAACUAACAGCAACGAAACGCGCGGAAAUCCUACAAUACAUCCUCUCUUCAGCCAACAAACUUCGCUGGUGUGACCUGCGCUCCGCCAGACUCGUCUAUGCAGCAUGCGUCUACGCCAUCAACUUGCAUUAUCAUUACCAUGCUAAACAACACGACCUCCUCCGCCUCGCGCGUCAAGCACUCUCACAUCUUUCCGCCGUCUUCAACCUCCCAAUCACCGAAGAACUAUCAUACUGCGAUUCCGAACAAGAUACUACCGCCAGCAGUAACAACCCUCUGGGCGCCACGCCCAAACCAGCAUCCCUACUAGAAGGGCCAGGGGGCUGGAUCUUCGAAAAAUGCCAAACAUGCUUCCGCCGCAAAAACGAGAACGUCGGCUUGAGCUGGCAAAAUCCGAAUACAGCCAUAUGCGGGAAUGGACAUGCUUGGAAUCGAUGUGCCUUGACAUUUCUCGCCAUCCAACAACCAUACACCUCCAUGUUCUGCUCAAUAUGCGACACUAGCGUGCUCUCGAGAGACAAAGGCGUCAACUACACACUAGAAGGAAUCAAUCUAUCAACAAAUUCUCAGCAGCAGCAGCACGAACAACAACAGCACAAUGAUGGAUCUGAGACGGACAAUGCUGUAGCCGAGUUUGAUCCAAAGAGGAGGGAAUUAUAUGAUCUCUUAUAUGACAGAUAUGAUACUUGCGCGUAUUGCGGUGGGAAGUAUCAAGAUGAAUGA